ACAGGGUGGGAAAGACUGAAAAGCAGUUGUGCGGACAUGUUUACACAUGAUAAAACGUCCGUUAUUGACCCGUGAGACAGUUUGACUGCGCUGUUGUAGUUGAGCAGCCGGUGCAAGACUUCUCUCAUAAAAGCCGUUUGUGAAUGUGAUUUGUGAAUGAAAUUUCACUUCAAAUGUAUUAAUGUUGGAAAAAAAAAAUAACUGCAGCUGCAACAAAGUGCUGUACAUAAGAUUGAAGAUAAAACCAAAUAAAUUUGAAAGCAGUAAGAAUUUUCUUUUGUCAUUCAAAUAUUUAAAUGCGCCGUUGACAUUGGGAACGGGAGUUUUGUUGCUUUUGAUUGCACAGUUUACAUGUUGUGCGAAGUUGUGGUUGAGAGAGGGGAAGAAGUCUAAUAUCUCCACUGACCAGUGUGACAGUGCUGGGAUGAUGAAAUUAUGAUCAGAACUUUAACGGCAUUGUGAAAACAUAAUGGCAUUGAAGGAAAUAUUUGAAACCGCCUGCCUUUUUUUUAAUAGGUUUUUGUACUAUACUUGCUGAUCGUAAUGCACUCAUAUGUCUGUAGAAAGGGGAGUCGCAGAUGCAUUUUUCUACUAAUAUGAAAAAGACGCUACAAUGCAAAGUGUCUGCAACAUUUACUGGGGGGGGGGGGGGGUCAAUGAAAACCAUAUCUUUGUUUUGAGCUACUGCAGGGGUGAAGGUUGGCAUUGCUUGUAGCCCAAACUUUACUAGGUAGAGCAACAACACUGUCCUUGUGCCAUUGUGUGAGAAAAUGCUAAUUUAAUUUGGGAUUCUGGACAUCUUGAGUGACUAGAUCUAGUAUUUCUACCAGUGAAGAGGAGGAUGGAUGGGAGUGGCCUCAGGAUAAAACACUCCUUCUGGAAGGACCUGAUCACAUAUGGGAUAACAAACCCAAUGAAAAGUCACUUGUUGGCCAUCACGCACAAUGCAUCACCGACUGCUCCUCCUUGUGAUUUUACUCCUUCCUGAAGCCUAUACGCUGAAGUGUUAUGAAUGUGCAGCAGGAAGCUCAGCCACCUGCAUCGACACAACAAAAGAAUGCCCCCCAAUGGUGACUCAUUGUAGCGCACUCAGAAUCAUCAUGCAUUCAGGCGAGUCAGUGAUUGCAGACAUCAAUGGGAAAAGCUGCAGCUUCUCUGCACAGUGUGCACAAGCCUCAGUCAAUUUUGGAAAGACCAGGACCGUACUCACCAACGAGUGUUGCACUACAGACUUGUGCAACAGCCUUCCUGCACCGGACUACAGCAAGACCAGGCCCAGCGGUAGAAAAUGCUUCACUUGUAAUGGGCUACAGUGCACUAGUACUGUGGAAUGUCAAGGCAAUGAGUACCAUUGCAUCUCCACAACAGUGGAGAUCAAGGGCCAAAGGACAACCAUGAAGGGCUGUGCCUCCAAGCAAAUGUGCACCAAUACCGAACAACUGGAAGGGCUUGCUGGAACCCGAAUCAGCUGCUGUGAGGGCGACUAUUGCAACGGCGGCAGUAGACCAAGAGCCAGCCUCCUUCUCUUGGGAGCACCACUGCUGUUUCUCAUUGUUUUGCCUUAUCACGCAGGCCUAUUCUGAGAAGAGCCUGUCCUGUUUAAAACUGCUGAAUGAAACUUUGCUUCAUGCUGCAGCUCAGUUUCAAGGUGUUUCAGAUUCCCAGGCAGUUGUUUGCCAUGAGGUCAUUGAACUUCCAGUGGACAGGAUGAGUAACUGUGAAAAACGAUAACACUGAAUGUAACACACCUUCUCCCCAUUCUUUUCUUUACUUUCAAAUGUGGGAAAGCUUCACACGAGAGAAAUGUUGACUUUGCAGUUGCUGCUCCUUCUUUCCGCUCGGCAAUGCGUAGCAACUCACACUUUAGCAUAUGAUGCGUUCAAUGACAACUGGAAUUUAAAAAAAAAAAUCACACCUAGACUAGGAUUUAGACAUUUUCACGUAGGUGUUUCUGUUUAUUUGAACAUAUGGUUGUAUCUCCUUCACUUUCUAAGUCAUUGUUUUCCUGAACAUAUACAGUUAAAGCAAACAAUUGAAAUAUUGCAAUAUAUUUCACUUGACAAAU